AUGUUGUCUGCUUUUAAAAAAAAUCUAUUAAAACCAUCUUCACAAACAUAUAUUAAAUAUAAUAUCAACAAUAUUAGUUUAAUAAAAAAAAAAAUCACUCCGAAAAUUAAUAAAGAUAAAAAUGAAAAUUAUAAUAAUAAUAAUAAUAAUAAUGUUUUAUCAUGUACAACUAUAAAUUCUUCAUUAACUACUUCUUUAAUAAAUAAUAAUAGUAAUAAUAAUAAUAAUAAUAAUAAUAAUUGUUUUAUUAAUGGAGGACAAAGACAUUUCGGAUCAUGGGGUUUUAGAUUUUUAAUGGGUUUUUCAAUUGUUGGUAUAAUGUAUUUUGCAAGAAGAUGGCAACCAAGACAAAUUCAAAGGAUUAUACAAAUGUUUAAGAAUGGAUCAGAUGAUAUGGAUAUUUUAUCAUUGACAUCAAAAGAUCAAACAUUUCAUUCAAACAUUUCAUUCAAUCGUGAAAAAGAAGUUAAUUAUUUAAAUUCAUUUCUAUCAUCACCACCAUUAGGACCAAUUGUAAUAGUUGGGCCUGAAGGUUGUGGUAAAUCACAUAUAGUUAGAAGAGUAUUAUCAUCACGUCAAAUGUCAAUUCUAGUUGAUAUGAGAAAGAAUGCAGUUAUGACUGGUGAUGAAUUAUUAUUAUCAUUUUUAGGUAGAUUAGGUUAUUUAUUACCAUCAAGUGAUCCAAUUUCAUCUUUAUUUUUAAAAGCUGAAAAAAAACAAAAACUUAAUGUUCAAGAAAUUGUUCAGGGUUUAGAUACAGUUUUUCAAGCAUUAAUUAAAAUUAAAGAAACAUUUAAUAUUACACCAUUAAUUACAAUUUCAAAUAUUGAAGCAUUACCAACAUCUGAAAAUUUUACAAGAUUUUUGGAUUGGUGUUUAUCUGUAACUGAUAAUAAAUUAGCAAAUAUUGUAUUUUUAACAUCUUCACAAUUUGUUCAUUUCCAUUUAGAUUCAAAAGUUAGAAAAUAUUUACAUUUAGUAUUUAGUGAUGAAUCAUCACAUACUAGAAUGGCAGAUCAUCCAAAUAAUGAAAAAAGAUUAAAUAAUGAAUUAAUGGCUCAAAAUAGGAAUAGUAAUAAUUUAAUUAUAUUACCAUCAUCAAUGAUGAAUUAUGGAAUUGGUGGUGUUGGAGGUGGAAUUGGUGAUGGUAUUGGAAUUGGUGGUGGUGGAAUUGUUAGUGUAAAUGGUAAUUAUUGUUUAACGAAUGAAGAGAUUGAAAGUAUGAUAUCAAUAUUUGGUGGUCAAAUGAGAGAUAUUGAUUUAAUAUCGGGAUUGGUAAAGAGGGGUGAAAACUUUCAUUAUUUGGUUGACCUAUUCAUAUCAGAAUCAAUUCAAAAGAUUGCAUCAUUAGUAGACUCAAUGUAUCAGAAAGCAAAUGCAUCAGAUAAUGAUACUGCAAAAACUCAAAUCUUUGAAAAAUAUCAACGAUUUUGGAGAAUGUUAGAAAUCUUAUCCGAACAACAUAUAGUACGUGCAAAUGAUUUAAUUCAAGAGGUUUUCGAUGAACAACCUGAAGAAAUGGAUUCUUACUUUCAAGAUAAUAUAAUUUAUUUCUUGGUUGGUACAAUCAUUGAACAACAAGCAAUAGCAAGAGAUGGUAGUGGUAGUAUUAGUGGUAACCAAAAACAAAUUAAAAAGUCACAAAAAAAAGAAGAUCAACAACAAUCACAAAAACAACAAAAACAACAACAACAACAACAACAACAACUACAACAACAACAACAACAACAACAACCAAUUGAUUUAAUACCAUCACCAUCAAUUGAAUUGGUUAAAGUUGAAGGUGACGAUUGCUUUGUUGAUUUAAAUAAUAAUCAUAUCGUUGAUAAUUCAGUACCAAUUGUUGAUGAACGUACAGUUGUUGAUGAUUCAGAUUUAGGUGAUUUAGUUGUAGCGGCUACUCAAAUUCCAAAUAGUACAUUCUAUAAUUUGGUUUGUUUUUCAUCACCACGUAUUCUCUAUGCAGUUCAAUUAUUAAUCAUGGAUAAUCGUUUAAAACUUCAACGUGAUGCAAUUGAAAAGUACUUUAAAAAGAAAGAUUUAAAAGAUGAUAAAAAGGAAUUAGAAGAAGAGAAAUCAAUUAAACAAAUUGAAUUUGAAAAAAUCACAACUAGAUUAGAUUCAUUAGUUGCAAACUCAAAAGAAUGGGUAAAAUUCAUUGGUGAUGAUGAUUUUGUUAAAAGAACAGAUUAUUUAAUUAAAAAAGAAACUGAAUUAUUAAAUCAAAUUGAACAAUUAAAUGAAAAAAUCUUUAAACUAGAAGUUGAAUUAGAUAAUUUAUAA